ACAAGUAUUAGUGAAGACUGGUCUGUUGCCUCAUUGAGGGUAGUCAUCUUCUUCAGUAUCUCCAUCAUCUCCACCAUGAAGACGCUGGCUGUGUUGGUGCUUCUUUGCACCGUGAUGGUUCUGACCGGAGCGAUUCGAAGGAGAAACCAGAUCAGGAGGGCAACAUAUUGCCCCAUCGCUUGGACUGCGAUCAAAGGACGCUGUUUCCGCUUUAUUUCAGCUUCGAUGUCUUGGGGUAAAGCUGAGAAACACUGCCAGGCCAUAGGUGGACACCUUGCAUCUGUGCACAACGCUGGCGAGUAUCGCAAAAUUCAGAAGAUGAUAUCGAAGGCCACGCGUGGGUUUCCACAAACAUGGCUUGGAGGCAGCGACUGCCAAGACGAGAAUAUUUGGCUGUGGAGUGAUGGUACACCUUUCAACUAUAUGCACUGUGGCACCUUUGACAACCGUUGGUGGAGACAGCACUGCUUGCAAAUGAACUAUGGAGGAAACAAGUGCUGGGAUGAUGUGCAGUGCAGCAGCAGUCUUCCAUCUGUCUGUGCCCUGAAUACCGGCAAAGUUGUCACAGUGGCCUGAUGCACCCGCGAGGAAGCACAAAGACAUAUUUGUGUUUAUGCUUUUGCUGUAAUGCUUUUUAAGAAAUGAAGCAAUGUAAACAGGAGCUGGAUUGUCUCUUAGGCCUCGUGUCUUUAAUAAGAGAAGACUGGAUGUGCUGUGUGGACAAUGCUUUUUGGCAAAACCUUAUUGUAAAGAGUGAACUCUUCUCUUCUUCAUGCAAAAAUAAAACGCUCAAGCAAUGAAAGAG